GCGCCUCCAGCUCCUCAAUCAGUUGCUCCAUCAGUUGCUCCAUCAGUUGCUCCAUCAGUUGCUCCGUCAGUAAGUGAAGAAGAGAUUAGGAUCACGCACGAGGAUAAAUACACGCCAUCAGUUCACACAGAAAACACUCAUUUUCCUGAAGAACGAAGAGCAUACAAACAAUCAACAACACACAUAGAUAUAAAGCUACCUAGUGUGCACAGACAUACGAAGACUGCAUCUGAAGCACCACGCCGACGAACAUAUCGUGAUUACCACGAGACUCAAAUCGACGUAGCUGAGCGUGAAUAUCGAACGCGGUAUCAGCCUAAUCAACGGGACGAUACCCGUUUCAGUACCCCAGUCAAAGAAUCCCACGUCUCCCACCCCAACCGAGAAUCAGAAAAGCGUCACCCAGAACCUCACUUCCAACCCACUAAUCUUCCUCAACCUAUCUACCGUGAGGACAUAAGACUUGUUGCUCCCUCUGAGGACCACACAUCAAAAGAUAGACGAGAAAAGCCAAACAAUAAGGUCUUUGCCCAAGACUCAGCACAUCAGAUUCCAGAAAAAGAACAAAGUACACCCGAAGAGCCAACCGAAAGACCACCAUCCAACAAGAUGGGUUACUAUGACGAUGGCCACUGCGAAUCCGGAGGUUCUGCUGAGCCUGCUUUCACUCACAACACUGUGACGAUUCCAUGUCACCAUAUUCGCGUUGGUGAUCUACUUAUACUCCAAGGCAGGCCGUGCCAGGUCAUACGUAUUUCAACCUCUGGGGCAACUGGACAACACCGCUAUCUUGGUGUAGAUCUAUUCACAAAGCAGCUUCAUGAGGAGUCUUCCUUUAUCUCUAACCCAAGUCCUAGUGUUGUCGUUCAGACUAUGCUCGGCCCAGUCUUCAAACAAUACAGAGUUCUCGAUUUACAGGAUGGACAUGUCGUCGCAAUGACUGAAACUGGUGAUGUCAAACAAUCAAUUCCAGUUAUUGAUCAGUCAGAUCUCUGGGGUCGUCUCUCAAAAGCAUUCAAAGCUGGAAGUGGAUCUGUCAGGGUUCUUGUAAUUUCGGAUUCUGGCCGUGAGCUUGCCGUUGAUAUGAAGGUUAUCCAUAGUUCAAGAUUGUAG